CUUGUGCCGCAGCGACUGUGCUGUGAUUUCUCAUUCAACUCCACACUCCUGCAUCAAAAUGCAGCACAAACCAACAACAACUCGAAAUUGACAGAAUCAGUCCAAUUUUCCGAACAUUUGAAUGAAGCGUGCUCGACUUAUGAAGCCGAUUAAUUUCCGGCGUUUCCUGAGACGAGCCUCUACCCUCAAGAAGCCCGAAUAACGGGCGAAAGACAAUACCAAGAAACCGCCAGUAUGACGUCGGAUCCACGUAUCAAGGCAGCGACUGUCCUCAAUGGAAAGGACCAGGCCCAUGCACCGGAAACACUCAUCCACAACUUCACUCCUCGAGUAUUCCGGAAUACCGCCAAUUACACGGUAGAACAUAUCAAAAUAGCAAGUCAGGAGAGUACUGGGCUCCGAAAGACCAGAAACAGAAUGAGACUCGUUCUCAUCCACAAUGCUCUUUUGAUGCUCCUGAAUAAUCGCUUACCUGUCAUUCACAUUGAGGGCGACGAUGGGCCUGGACGGAUACUCGAUGUUGGAACGGGGACCGGAAUUUGGGCCAUAGACUUUGGAGACCAGUACCCGAAGUCUAAGGUCAUCGGCACCGACUUCAGCCCCGUCUAACCUGGCUAGAUACCCCCGAACGUCGAGUUCAUUCUAGACGAUUGCACUUUGAAUUGGACUUGGCCGGAAAGUCAUUUUGAUUUCAUUCACCUGCGGUCCCUCUAUGGGAGCAUCCCAUAUUGGCAGGCUCUGUAUGCCCAAGCCUCCAGUCACCUGAAAACCGGGGGUUGGAUUCAGAGCAUUAAAAUCAAAUUCGUAUCAAGUCUGACCGUGUCGACUUUCCUGCCGACCAUGUGUUCAGUCGCUGGGCUGACAUGACAUACAAGGCGGGCGAGAAAAUAGGUCAGACUUUUAGCAUUUGCCAGGGAUACAACAUCAAGAAUUUCCUACAAGAAACUGGAUUCGUCGACAUUGAGGAACAAAAGACAAAAGCACCACUUCAUGGAUGGUGUCAAUAGGUGUACGACACAGGGAAGAAGCUCACAGAGGCCGACUGCUGUUAGGGUCUAGAAGAUGA